CCAAAACCCCUCCCCCUCCCCCUUGAAUGCCGGGCAGUCGGGCGGAAGCGGCCGCGACCAUUUUGAAAAAGAGCAGAAGCACCAGCGCGAAGCACCAUGGACAAGGGCCAAACGGUGAAGCUCUUUGUGGGCAACCUGGCGCUGGACGCCACCCAGGAGGAGCUGUCGGCCAUCUUUGAGCCCUACGGUCACGUGGUGAGCUGCAGCGUGCUGCGACAGUUCGCCUUUGUGCACCUGCAGGGCGAGGGCGCCGCCGAGCGCGCCAUCCGCGAGCUCAACGGCCGCGAGUUCCGCGGGCGCAACCUGGUGGUGGAGGAGUCGCGGGGGCGGCCGCUGCACUCCACCAAAGUCUUUGUGGGCAACCUGAGCGGCAUGUGCACCACCGAGGAUCUCCAGCAGCUCUUUCAGACUUUUGGCAAAGUUCUGGAAUGCGACAAGGUCAAAGGCUACGCCUUUGUGCACAUGGAGAACAAGGAGGACGCGCUCCAGGCCAUCGAGGCGCUUCACGGCACCUCCUUCAAGGGGCGGCCGCUUUCGGUGGAGCUCUCCAAAGUUCAGCCCAGCAAGCAGACGCCCACGGGCAAGAUCCCCUGCGUCAACUGCGGCAAGCAGGGCCACUACGCCGGCGAGUGCCCCGUGGGGAAGCCCACCCUGGAGCAGUACCAGAGCCAGGCGGCGGUGCUGGCGGCGGCGGCGGCGGCGGCCGCCGGCCUGCCCCUGCAGGUGCAGCAGAGCGUGCACAACUCGGUGUACAACACGUCCACCUUCGACCCCACGUACGCCGCCCUGACCGGCAUCACCACGGGCACGCGCACCGACGGCAACCCCGUCAACCCGGCCGUCUACGGCGCCCUCGCCAGCCAGGUGUACGGCGCCAACGUGGCCAACCAGCUGUACGGCUCGGUGGCCAACCAGGCGGCGCUGACGUCGGGGGCCGCCCAGGUGUACGGCUCGGUGGCCCCCAACCUCUACGGCCAGGUGGCGGCCGGUCCCGCCGCCGCCGCCGCCGCCGCCUCGGCUUACUACGCGCCGGCCAUGGCCAACCCCAUCUACCUGACGGCCGCGCCCGGGCUGGAAAUGCAGUCGGCGGCGGCCGUCAACCCCGCCUACACGGUGGCGCAGGCCAUGUCGCCCGCCUACGCCCACAUCACCGCCAUGGGCGCCGCCGACCCCGCCGCCGCCGCCAUCUUUGAGGCGGCCAGGCAGGCCCAUUAUUUUGCCCAAGGUCAGCAGGUGGUGGCCGAGCCGCAGGCGGCGGCCAAGUCGGGCGAGCGGGACCGCAGCCCGCUGCGACGGACCGCCGCCCCCCUCCUGCCGGACCCCAUCAUGAAGCCUUUCAUUUACCAGCGGGCCAAACCGCGGCGCUCCCUGCUCCCGACGCCCGCCGGCCGCGCCGCGGAGGAGGCGGCGUCCGAGGCGACCGAGGACCACGUGGCAAGAUACUAUGCUGACUACUACCAGCAGCUGCAGCAGUACUCUCCCUUCCAGUACGCCUACCCCUCCCCCGGCGCCAUGGCCGCCAUCUCGGGCGUGCAGGCGCUGCCCGCCAUGUCGGGGCAGCCCGUGGCCGCGCUGGACGCCCUCAGGCCGGUGGUGCCCGCCGCCGCCAUGGCCGCGCCCAGAGUGUAUGAGCCGCCGUUGCCGCCGACCACCCGCAAGGAGUCCGUCCUCCGCCGCCCCGAACUCUCCCUUCACACGCCUGAGUCCCCCUUCCGAUAGUCCGCCCCCACCCCCACCGCCCGACCCCCCCCCUCCUCCGCAUCCCCCUCCUUUGCUCCGUUCCUCCUCCCACGGGCCGCCGGGUGUGCGUUUGUUUGGGGGUGCCGGUGGGGGCCAUUAACCUGCUUGACCAGCUCGCCCGUCUUCCGCCGUCGCGGGGGGGCCGGCGGCACUCUCGCAAACUUUGGGUCGCGGGGCUUUGGAAAUGCGCCGCGGAACCUUUGCGGCCGACCUCGGUUUUGGCGCACCCGAGUUCAACUGGUCACGGCGCGCACGGCCGGAUGACCACAUUCGUCCGAGGCUGAUUGGAAUCGAUGAGUCCCCCCCGCCCGUGAGAUUGCCCAAUGACGCGUCGGACGAUUUCGUUCCGGACGCUUUCCUGCCGAUCGGCGUGUAGUUUCGUUUUUGUUUUAGUCCGUCGCAAAUAUCCCGAGUUCGAUCGGCAGUCCGGUUUCAUGGCAAUUUGUCCACAGGCCGAAAUCGUCCUUUCAAAGUAAAAGAAGUUGACGUCAUUGGAAACGCUCAUGGAAAUUAAAAAAAAAACAAGCACGUGCGCUUAUUUCAAGUCCAGAUGUCGAAAUUUCAUUUGAGGGCGAUUGCGAAAUGUCACCGGAAAGCCGAAUGCCCCCAACUUUGUGACGAGCGCCCGUUGACCCCUUUUUUUGGAGGGGGGGGGGCCAGUAGUGAGCCGCCUCCACGACUCGCCUGUGUUGAGGUCCUCAAGAAGUUAGGUUCUGUGCCACUCGUCAUCCUCCCACGUGUGUGUUCAAGUGCAGGGGGGGGGGUCUUUCCUAAACAAGUUUUUCUAUUGCCUUAUCUCAGCUCGUCGAGUCAAGAAGUCAGACAAGCACAUGCUGGGGUGGGGUGGGGGGGGGGUUGUCAAAGCACACAAGAAGCUUUAGUUUCUUCUCUCCCACCGCCCCCGCUGUUGUCAUGGCAACGCAAGAAGCCACUGCCUCACCUCCUGAUUUCUAUCCAGCAGCUCCCACCUUAGCCCUCAUUUCACCUCCCAUCCAUGGAUAGCACCCCCCCCCCUUUUAUUUUGAUUGUGUUUUUAUUAUUUCCUGUCGGUUUCUGCCGUGCAUGUCGACUUGGGAAUGCGCAGCUGGACUCGGUGCCUCCGCAACAAGUACGUGAGGGGGGGGGGGGCUCGCUUACGUUGACCUCGCACGGAAGACGCGCCAUUGAGUUUGGUGGGGGAAGGGACUCUUAUCUUCCUUGACUCCAAAUGCCAUCUAUUUGUUCCCCCCCCCCCAAAAAAAAGACAUUUUUAUUUUUCUUAACGAUCUGACAGCUGCACAUAGACACGGUGUUCCCCACCCCCUGCCCCCACCCCACUGCAAUCACCCAACUGCCUUGCUACGCCCCCCCCCCCCCACCAUGUGGUGGUUGCAUCCUUUGUCGAACUUUGCGGACUCUUUAUGUUUUAUUUGUUUGAGGGAAUGCUGGGAUUGCCACGUGUAUCCAAACUUUGAAUAAACCUUGGCUGGCUGUUUGCUGCUGACUAAAGGAACACAAA